CUCCAUCAAAUUUAUUAGAUCACUGAUUCCCACUCACUCCCUCUAUUAAGCUAAAAAAAAUACAGUUUAUAUUUAUUAUUCUUUAAAAAAAAAAAAACAUUUUCUCUCUUUCUUUUUUUCUUUUUUUCUCUCUAUGAGAGAGAUCUUAAUGAGAAGAAGAAUAAGAUUGAGGUUAUUAGGAGUAGUGAAGAAAACAGCAACAAUAUGAGAAACAGCCUCAGGUGUUGCAUCUCUUGCAUUCUUCCAUGCGGAGCCCUGGACGUGAUCAGGAUCGUCCAUUCCAACGGCCGAGUCGAAGAAAUCAGCGGCUCGAUCCGCGCCAGCGAGGUCAUGAAGGCUCAUCCCAAACACGUCCUCAAGAAGCCCUCCACGUCAUCACCCUCCGAAGACGCCGUUGUUCCGAGAAUCGUUCUGGUCCCUCCCGACGCCGAACUCCAGCGCGGCAAGAUUUACUUCCUCAUGCCCGCUCCCUCGUCGGCGCCGGACAAGUCCUCUCGACACAGAUCGUCGGCGAACAAGAAGAAGAGAAGACCGUCGUCGUCCUCCUCGGAGAUGACCGGCUGUACGGACAAUCAAAACAGCGGUAGUAACGGUAACAGUAACGGUAACGGUUCUAUUUCCAUGGCCAACCUCAACGUCAACUUACUGCUUUCCGAUCAGUACUUGAGCGAAAUUCUCUCGGAGAAACUGUCAACGCAGAGAGAUCGCCGGCGAGGCCGUACCGGAGUUUGGAGACCUCAUUUAGAAAGUAUAACCGAGUCUCCCUCUGAUGUUUGAAUUACUAUUUUGCCCUUUUCAUUCUUCUCUUAUAUUUUAAUUCUUUUCUUAGGUAAUUUAUGAGGAUGGUGAUGAUGAUCAUGAUAUUCAGUAGCUAGGGUUAAUCCAAAAAAACACUUUGCCUAUUGUUUAUCUACCUCUCUCUCUCUCUCUCUCUCGAUCUCUCUCUCUUUUUGUUUUUGUAUAUAUAGUAAAAGAGAGAAGAAGAAAAAAAACCAUAAUAAUGGAAGAAAAGAAGGUCUGAAUAAUCUGGGGCUGUGGUAGUGUUCUGAGUUUGUUUGUAGGAUUGUUCUUGCGGCAUAUCAUAUAUAUGGAUUUAAUAUAAGACUAUAUAGUAAUUUUUCAA